GCAGCAGCUCCUACAGCAUCCAGCCUCCAUCCAUCCAUCCCUGCCUGCCUGCCUGCCUGCCUGCCUGCCUGGGGAGCAGCAGUCCUACCCGGCGCAGCACCGACGCACGGAGGGGGCGCAUCAUCCAAGUGAUGCCACAGCAUCAGUCGUGCUUCGCCCACAAAUCCUGCGAGUAGAUCCUUACAACAACAAAAAAAAAAAAAAAAAAGGAAGGGAGAGAAAAAAUCGCUUCAGCCUCGAAGACAGCAACUGCCCAUGAAGAUGUCUAACGCUGACAUCUUAAACGCCACCGAGCGGAUGGUGAAAUCUGUCCCCUUCCCUCUGAGCCACCGACUCACGUUGAAGGAAGUGUUCGACUGCGAAGGGAAACCCCGGGUGGACCUCCUGAAGGCCCACCUUACUAAGGAGGGCCGUGUGGAGGAAGCCGUGGCCCUUCGAAUCGUCAAUGAGGGGGCAGCUAUCCUGCGUCAGGAGAAAACCAUACUGGACAUCGAGGCGCCAGUCACAGUGUGCGGUGACAUCCACGGGCAAUUCUUUGAUCUUAUGAAGCUGUUUGAAGUGGGAGGAUCACCAGCCACAACACGGUACCUGUUCCUCGGGGACUACGUUGACCGUGGCUACUUCAGUAUUGAGUGUGUUUUAUACCUCUGGUCGCUGAAAAUCCUCUAUCCAAAGACACUAUUUUUACUUCGUGGAAACCAUGAAUGUAGACAUUUGACAGAAUAUUUCACCUUCAAACAAGAAUGUAAAAUCAAGUACUCAGAGCAGGUGUAUGACUCGUGUAUGGAUGCAUUUGACUGCCUUCCCUUGGCUGCGCUCAUGAACCAACAGUUUCUGUGUGUCCACGGUGGACUCUCACCUGAAAUACACACCUUAGACGACAUUAAAAAGUUGGAUCGGUUCAAGGAGCCGCCAGCUUUCGGGCCCAUGUGCGACCUGCUGUGGGCUGAUCCUCUGGAGGAUUUUGGCAAUGAGAAAACCCAGGAAUAUUUCAGCCACAACACGGUGCGAGGCUGCUCCUACUUCUACAGUUACCCAGCUGUGUGUGAGUUCCUACAGAGCAAUAACCUAUUAUCAAUCAUCCGGGCGCAUGAAGCACAAGAUGCAGGCUACCGGAUGUACCGUAAAAGUCAGACCACUGGAUUCCCAUCCCUCAUAACCAUCUUCUCAGCACCAAAUUACCUGGACGUUUACAACAACAAAGCUGCUGUACUCAAAUAUGAAAACAAUGUCAUGAACAUCCGACAGUUCAACUGCUCACCGCAUCCCUACUGGCUGCCCAACUUCAUGGACGUCUUCACCUGGUCUCUGCCAUUUGUCGGAGAGAAAGUCACAGAAAUGCUGGUGAAUGUGCUGAGCAUCUGCUCUGAUGAUGAACUUAUGAUGAAUGAUGAAGAAGAGAUCUUUGAUGCCAAUGCAGCUGCAGCACGCAAGGAGGUGAUCAAAAACAAGAUUCGUGCUAUUGGGAAAAUGGCCAAAAUGUUCUCAGUUCUCAGAGAGGAGAGUGAAAAUGUGUUGACGCUUAAGGGCCUGACGCCCACUGGCAUGCUGCCGAGCGGGGUUCUCUCUGGAGGCAGACAGACACUGCAGAGUGCCACCAUUGAAGCCAUUGAAGCCAUCGAGCCGAGUGAUGAGGACGGAGAAGCCAUCCGUGGAUUCUCCCCCCAGCACAAGAUCACCAGCUUUGAGGAGGCUAAGGGCUUGGAUCGCAUCAACGAGCGCAUGCCACCCCGCAGGGACGGGGUGAACCACGUGGGUCAAUCCAUGGGAAAAAUGAAUAUGUCGGAGGCGAACGGCACGGAUGACAACAGCAACAUCCAGUGAUGUGCCGUCUGUGCCUCGGAACCGUGCUGCUGUUGCGCUGUGCAGCAAGACAUUGCCAAUCGGGAAUUCAGGCCUCAGAACAGAGAUAUAAACCAGGCCCACAGACAGAACAUGAAAUCUGCAGCAAAUCUAAAAACGGGCAAAAAAGGUCAUUUUUUCAUGACAGUUUGUCAUCACACAGUCGUGGGGAGGGGGUAGCUGGGGUUUACAGCUGAGGGAGGGGAUAAGGAAAGGCCAGCGGGCUGCAGUUGACUGGCUGAGAGUUGUUUCUGCCCGUUGUUCCCCUUCCCCAAUUACAGACUGAAUUGUUGGCGGUUGUGUUGUUCUGAGUGCCGACAAACGUCUGCUCCUUCAUCACAGGGCCUGACAGAAAGCAUAAUUGCAGUAUCCACGCCACACAAAUCAUUUUACUGUUUCAUCAAGUGUUUAUUAUGAAUCAUUCACAAAUUCACUUCAUGAGGAAACUAAUCUUACAUGUUUACCUACAUGUGUUGCUAGUAUUAACGAGUCACACCACUUUUGUGAGAGAUGAAGCGAAAAAGGAAGGAAGCAAAAUGCGUACCUCUUAAAACUUGCAGUGCAAUCUUACCAAUGGACUUAAAUUUAUUGAUUUACCUUGCAGUAAGAUGCCAUCAUGCUACGAGGGAAAGAGGGCAGGGUGUUCACGUGCGCUCACGCCUCUUAGCGCCACCACCGAAGCCACUGCAGAUCAGAUUCCGCCUUGGGUACGUCUCACAACUCUCCAGGACUGCUCCUUUCCUCGCCUCCCUCAUUAUCAGUCAUCUCCUAGCAAGACGUAACUUGGAGCGAAUGAGGAAAAGAAAAGGGAAGGGAUGAAAGGAGCAUUUGGAAAAUUUGGUACAACUUCUUACUGCAUCACAGGUUAAAUGCCAAGAUUUCAUGUCUGAAAAUGUCCCCCACAAGGAAAACACUAUCCCAACAUGAAGAUGCAACUUCACCAACGUCCAAAAGUAAAUUUCAAAGGAAAACAUGUCCAACCAGACCAUCCUUGCAGUUAUUUCCCCCCCUUCAUUAAAUAAUUAAAUAAUUCACGUUAGAGAAGCACUGCAUUUGAUCAAGCUAUACCUCACACAUGUUGUGCAGUUCACUCUGGAAAGAAUACACUUGACCGUCCUCGACUGAAGGAGGCUUUUGGAUCGUGUCUUUAUGUUCUGCAUUGCUAAGACUGUCAACAAAGCGGCUUUAACACCAGUGUCUGGACCACAAAGGAGAAGACAGAACAUUGGGGACAAACCCGCCUGUCACACACUACCUGAUUAUUUCUCACCUGCUUGUUGCGUAAGAGAAAGCAAAAGCAUAUGUGCGGUCACUCAAGUAUACAUUUGAGCCCUUUUAGUUUUUUGCACUUUUUGCUGCGCUGCAAAUUAAAUGAGAUUUUUCGUGACUAAGAGCUACACAAGUACUAUAUCAGAGUGAGAAGGAAAUUCUAAAAAUAUGUGAAUGCAUACAAGUAUUUAACAGCCAAAGUCAACAGCCACCGUGUCAUUUCCAAUGAACAGGAUUAAAUCCAUCCUCAAAUUCAUUUAAGGGUUUCCAAGAAUGUAUCCUGACCAGAAUUGAGUUAAUUGAUGCUACUUUUGGGAGAAAAUGUGAUUUAUUUUUCACUUGAAUUGAUCUGGGAUGAAAUUAAAGUUGUCAAACCGUACUUUCCUUAUUAAAAGUGAGCACAUAGAAAUUUGGAUUAUAAAUUCAUCCAUAUGGCAUUUGAGUGUGAUAAUCAUAUAACAUUUCUUGCUUUAC